AUGAGGCGUUUUCUCCUUACGUAUACAGUCACUCUCUUCUCCAUUAGCACUGCUGCAUUGGUAUCGACUCUUGUGCUUGACUUCAAGUAUCCAGCGUCCAAUUUCCUAUCUUUUUCUACGCCCUCCAUAAACAAGAAUUUAUGCACUGUGUGCUGGUGCCCUCCAGUACGACAGCUUGAAAAUAUCUGCUUGAUAGCCUCCAUUUGGGCUGCAGAUGGAUUUAUGCUAUGGCGCUGUAUGACUUUAUACAAAGCAACUUCAAGACCUCGCCGCAUAGGGCUGAUGUCAUUCUGCUCUCUUCUAGCAUUGGCUUCAAUAGCCAUUGGUUUGGUGUACAUAAUUCCCUCUAAGAGAACAGACCUUUCUCUUACAUUGUUCUCCCUUAUCACACUAGUUGUGAACGUAUCUACUACAACCCUUAUUGCCGGACGCCUGAUAUACUACCAGUAUUUCUUGCGAAAGACUUUUGGACCUGCGCAUAGGUCACCAUAUAUGCGGAUCGCUGUGUUAUUCUUCGAAUCAGCUGCUCUGAUAGUUGCAUUUAACGUCAUCCUGGUGGUGUUCGUCCUCCUGCAUUCGGAGAACGAUAUCACCUCUCUCAUGUUGGUCGAGCUGAUGGUUCAAAUAUAUGCCAUCUCGCCAUUGAUGAUCAUAUUCAAAGUCGCGUACGAUCGCGUACAUCAUACGGAUACAAGCUCGUUCAAAACUCGUGAUGCGCAGGAUGUUGUGGAUCGCGACCUUCAUAGCUUGCAUUUCAUCACAGCAGAGCCACUCGAUAACGAUACAGCUGUUUAA